GAAAGUAAACAAAAAGUGAUCUGUUUGAGAUAAAAGUGGAGGUUUUUCAUUCAUAAUUCCUCCAUAUCUUAAGCCAUAUUAUAAGAUAGAAAUUGUAAUAAUUUGCAAUAAUAAAAAUAGUGACGUCAAGCAAUAUAAUUUAUUGCAUCGACGCGUAUUCAUACAUUGUCAGCAGCAGUAUUAAACGAAAAAUCUUCGUUACGCAAUUCCAUUAAUAUUUCAACUGUUAUCCCCGAGAUUGACGUUUUCGCAAUUCAUAAAACAAAUAUGGCCUUAUCACUAGGACGGAUUAAUGUGGAUGAACCGCUGUUCGAUCUAAGUACAUUUGCUGGUCGCUUUCGUUAUUUCGCAUGGAUGACGGAUCCGCGCACUGUUAUUGUACCCAAUGACUGCUUAAUGCAAGCAAAAACGCUGGUAGAAAAAUAUCGCUUAGGCCAAGAGCCAGAUAGUACAACGCAGGAGCAAGUCAAAUAUGCCAUGAAACUUUAUUCAUCCGCCUUCCAUCCAGAUACGGGCGAACUACAAAAUGUUGCCGGACGCAUGAGUUUUCAGGUUCCUGGUGGUAUGCUUAUAACCGGAGGAAUGUUGGCCUUCUAUCGCACGAUACCUGCCGUCAUUCUCUGGCAAUUCAUCAAUCAGUCAUUCAACGCCAUUGUCAAUUAUACAAACCGUAAUGCUAAUUCACCAACCACAGUUACACAACUGGGUGUAGCAUAUGUAUCGGCUACCACUUCAGCGUUAGUGGCGGCACUCGGCUGUAAGAGCUACUGGUCUAAGCGUGCAAGUCCGCUGUUUCAGCGUUUUGUACCAUUUGCUGCUGUUGCUGCUGCCAAUUGCGUUAAUAUUCCAUUGAUGCGUCAAAAUGAAAUUAUCAAUGGUGUUGAGGUGAAGGAUGAGAAUGGCAAUAUUGUGGGACGUAGUCGGUUGGCUGCCGUAAAAGGUAUUACACAGGUGAUUGUUUCACGUAUUAGCAUGGCAGCGCCUGGUAUGUUGAUAUUGCCGUUCAUAAUGCAACGUUUGGAGAAAAUACCAGCCUAUAGGCGUAUACGUUGGAUUGAUGCGCCCUUCCAGACGAUAAUGGUUGGAUGCUUCUUGCUCUUCAUGGUGCCCACUGCUUGCGCUUUCUUCCCACAGAACUGUUCCUUGAAAACGUCCACAAUCAAACUAUUUGAGUCUGAUCAGUAUGCUGAAAUGAAAGUGAACACUAACGGUCAAUUACCGCAACGAGUAUACUUCAAUAAGGGCUUGUAAAUAAACAUGACUGCAUCAUACCAAAAAACGUUAUUACUAUAGACAAUACUGAACUAGCGAUGCGCUUGUGCAUUUAUACAUAACAUAUUAUAUAAAAUGUAAAUCUGUUUGGGAAUUAUUGCUACUUCACUGGCCAGUAGUCAUCUAAAAGUCUUAAAACAAAAAAUCUACUUUUAAGCCAAAAUAACUCAGCAUUUUGUAGUUGUGAUCUAGUUUUAAUUUUGUGUUUUGUUCCUUAUAAUACUUUAAAGUUUCUUUAUUUCAUGGCACUGGUUAGUUCUGACUUUUGAUUGCUAAUAUGUAUUGUGGUAUAUGUGUAUUGAUUAUAAUUUCUAUAUUUGGGUUUUAUUGUAUUCACUUCUAAGUGUAAAUUUGUAUAAGAAGUACAUUUAAUAUAUGGCUUAGUAACAUAUUAAUUCGACGAAUUCAAAGUGUGUGGUGUUCGUUUUUUUGUAAAAUUUCUUGUCAAAAUUUAUAUUUGCAUUCAUGCAAAACAGCUAUUUUGUACGCAAUUUGUGUACGAAAUUAAAAUUAAGAUGUUUGCGAUUGCAUUUUAUUGAUUGUACGAAAGAAAAAUAUUAAUAAAAAUCAAU